GCUGUAUUUUGUAAGUCAGUGGACGAGGGCCAGAGAGUUUUUGUAAUGCACAAAGUUAAUGCUGUGAGAGGAGGAGACAGAUGAGGGGGAGCAGGAGUCAGAGCGAUAUAAAAAUCCUCUGCUCACCCACCACUGGAGGAGCCGGCAACACAAACGACAGAAACAUGAGGAACUCGCUGCUGAUGAAGCUGGGCACCUUGAUGUGUGUCCUGGCUGUCCACGCCGACAUCAUGCCUGUUAAAGACUUCGACAUGGAGAAGAUGGCAGGAGAGUGGUUCAUUGUUGGCUAUGCCUCCAACGCUCAGUGGUAUGUGAAGCAAAAGGAAAAUAUGAAGCUGGGCACUAAUGUAUUAAAGCCAGCUGAUGACGGAGACUUGGAUCUGAUUUACAUCAACGUGGAUGCUAAUGGCACCUGUUGGAAUAAUACUUACCAUGCUAGUAAAACGGACACACCUGGACGCUUCACCUUCUACAGCAAGGAAUGGAAAAAUGACAAUGACAUGCGCAUUGUUGAAGUCCAGUAUGAUGACUAUGCUAUGGUCCACACCAUCAAGACCAGGGACAACGUGUCCCAGGUCCUCAACAACCUUUACAGCCGCACCAACGAGGCCAGCGCUCUACUUCAGGAGAAGUUCUCACAGUUCUCCAAGGACAACGGCAUCCUGCCCGACAACAUCCUUAUCAUUCAUAAAAAUGAAACAAUUGAUUGUUAAGGGGUCUGAGGAGUCCACCGCCAUCCUCCUCCCUCCAACUCCAGCUCUUGCAAGUCCCACAAGAGUUUUACUCUCCACCUUCUCACUGUGAUGUCUGAAGCAUCACAAAGCUUCACCUGAGACAGUGACAUUGCAGCAUUAUAUUCCAGUUUCUGCUCCGUAUGAAAGACUAGUCCUAAUUCUAAAGGCCGGAUUAGUGAGACAAAGGGAAGAAAUAAAUAUGACUGUUAAAUCAAUACAUGCAUGCAUGUCUUUGUUUUGUCUUUUGUUAUACAAUAAAAACAAUGAAACUAUACUUCAUGGUUAAGAGCGAUUACAUUUUUUGUAAGCACCACACACAGAAAAACAGAAAUUCAGAAAAAACACCAUACUGCCCCCUAGUGGUUGAUGAACGAGCCGAUCAUUUGACCCCGAGAAUUGUUGAUGGACAGGAGGAUGAGUGAAACUAUUCAGCAGGAGCGUGUCUGGAAAAACAAGGUUCAGAUAGGUAGAGCAUUUAAUUAAUUAGAUUUACAGUGGCUUCGCACUGAAGACAACACAAUAGUUUCCCCUGGUGCCAACUAGAGAUUUCUUCACAUGACUGUUGUUGUGUAAUGUCAAAUGUAAAAUUUGAAUAAAAAAACAAAAACAA